AGUGAGCUCCCGCACACCUCACGGGCGGCAGGGACGAUCCAGAGCCCCACGAAAGACACUGUUGCUUCCUGAUGGCUCUGCAGGCUGUCACGCCGCGGCGGCUGGGACAGCGAGCGCCCCGCGACAGCACGGGGCAGCGGGGACAGAGCCCACCGGCCGCCUCGGGCUCCGGAGCAGGGCGCCCCCCCGGUCCCAGGCCUCGGCUCCGGGGGCCCUUGGCUCUCAUCUUUGUCGUCCUGCAAUCGGUCACAGCUGCCUCAAUCAUGCCCACAGGGAAGGAUGGAGUUCACCAACAAUUAGCUGCCCCACAGGGAUGGAGGCGCAGGACCUGGGAGUUGUGUCCCCCAGGAUACCAUGUAUCAGAAGAUGGAGAAAACUGUAUAUCCUGUACAAAUGGAGUGGACUUUACUAAUCACUGGAAUAUGCUCCCUUCCUGCUUACCAUGUACAAUCUGUAAAUCAGGUGAAGAAGAGAGGACCCCUUGCACGGCGACUAAGGACACACAGUGUCAGUGCAAACCUGGAACUUUCCAUGAAGAAGACUCACCUGAGUUCUGCCAGAAGUGCAGCACUGGGUGCCCUGAUGGGAUGGUCGUGGCCACGCCCUGUAGCCCUUUCAGCGACCUCACAUGUGUGGACCGAAAAUCAGGUACCCAGGCCAGUGGGGAGGCCCCGGUUCCUGGUGAGACAGUGACCAUGCACCCAAGACUGCCCACCACUCCCUCUUCCUCCUCAGACACUUCACAGCUGGUGAUCAUAGUUGUAGCUGUAAUUAUAGCUGUCUGUUUCCUGCUGGUGAUCAUGUGUCUUUUCUGGCGGUUCUGCAUUCAAGGUCGUGGUGUGGACCCUAAGUGCAUGGACAAAGUCUUUUUCUGCUGCUCCUGUCCCCCAAGAGGUCCUGGGGCUCUGGACAAUGCCCAUAACAACAUGCUGAUCAACAGAGAUUUGCUGUCCAUUCUGGUGCCCAAGAAGGACCUAGAAGACCAGGAGCAGGACAAGCUGACAGGUGUCAUGGUACAGUCUCCAGUGGAAGCAAAGCAUUUACUGGAACCAACAGAAGAUGAAGCAUCUCACACGAGAAGAAGGCUGCUGGUUCCAGCAAACGGUGCAGACCCCACUGAAAGUCUGAGACUAUUCUUCGAUUACUUUGCAACCGCCGUGUCCCCUAACUGCUGGGACUCACUCAUGAGGCAGUUGGGCCUCACGCGAAAUGAGAUCCUUCUGGCCAGAGAAGGGGUCCGGGUCCCUCGGGAUGCCUUGUAUGAAAUGCUAGAGACCUGGGUCAGCAACAAGGGACGGGCGGCUUCAGUCAACACCCUGCUGGAUGCCUUGGAAACGCUGGGGGAAAGACUGGCAAAGGAGACAAUUCGGGACCACCUGUUGGGCUCGGGAAAGUAUGUCUGUGAAGAUGGUGAAGCAGGCUCUGCUGUGUCCUGAGUCUAAAAGAAUCUCUUUAUGAAACUACAGCUUCCCUACUUUACCUUUUCUUCUGGAAAGGGACACAUGAUUGGACACCAGCCUGGAUGAAACAGCCGGUACUUGACGAAUACUUGAAGGAACACUAUCAUUCGAUAUAUGCAGAAGUUGUAGAGUUCUAGAACUUUUCAGUAAAAUGAGUAAUUUUUAUGAAAUGUCAUUGAUAAAUGAUGGUGGAAAUAUUUAUAAAUAUUUAUGCUCGUGUAUGUACUGAGAGUUGAUUUAGGAUGUCAUUUAGUUCAGAGCACUUUGUCAUCCUACCAGAACUGCACGUUUUACUUGUAUUUUUUAUUUUGGGACAUCCACCCAUGUUAUGUGCGUACUUAAUUAUGUCUAAUGACGACUUAAUAUUUUAUGAUAAGCAUCUUUCCAUUUUAAUAUUUUUGUAUAGAUUUAUAUGAACGUGGGAAACCUUUUGGAAAGGUUACUUACUAGGUUGACUACGUGGGUUCCCUGGAAGGGAGCAGGCAACCAUAAAAUCAGUAAAAAUACAGAGCAGGGAGGACGAAGCCCACUGCAGUGGGAGGCACUGGUGGGAUCAAUUCUCCCUCAUACGGGAGUCUGACUUUGUCUAGGAUUAGAUGACCAGCAACUUUUAAAGUGUCCAUCAUUUCCCACUGACAAUUUUAUAGGUGUGGGAUUAUUUAUAUUAUUUAUUGGUAGAUGUUUACAAAUGAGGAGAGAGUGAGGAGAAGUAGCAUCCACAUGCAGCCCUGUGUCUGGUAUCCAUGAACUGGGCUGUCAUGCGUGGGCCUCCUCCUGUUCA